GGCUCUCCCGCUUCGGGCCGCCAGCUCCCCUGUGCUGAGGCGAUGCCGGACCAGAUCUCCGUGUCGGAAUUCGUGGCCGAGACCCACGAAGACUACAAGGCACCCACCGCCUCCAGCUUCACCACCCGCACUGCCCAAUGCCGGAACACGGUGGCGGCCAUCGAGGAGGCUUUGGAUGUGGACCGGAUGGUUCUUAACAAAAUGAAGAAAUCUGUGAAGGCAAUAAACAUCUCUGGACUGGCUCAUGUGGAAAAUGAAGAGCAGUACACCCAAGCGCUGGAGAAGUUUGGUGGCAACUGUGUGUGCAGAGAUGACCCAGAUUUAGGAAGUGCAUUCCUGAAGUUCUCAGUGUUUACAAAGGAGCUGACAGCGCUUUUCAAAAACCUGAUUCAGAAUAUGAACAACAUUAUCUCCUUUCCUUUGGACAGUUUGCUAAAGGGAGACCUAAAAGGAGUCAAAGGGGAUCUGAAAAAACCGUUUGAUAAAGCUUGGAAGGACUAUGAAACAAAAAUAACCAAAAUAGAAAAGGAGAAAAAGGAACAUGCCAAGCUCCACGGGAUGAUUCGUACUGAAAUAAGUGGGGCUGAAAUUGCUGAAGAGAUGGAAAAAGAGAGGCGGUUCUUCCAGCUACAGAUGUGUGAGUAUCUGCUGAAGGUCAAUGAAAUUAAGAUAAAAAAAGGAGUGGAUUUGCUUCAAAAUCUGAUCAAAUAUUUUCAUGCCCAAUGCAAUUUUUUCCAGGAUGGACUGAAAGCAGUUGAAAGCCUCAAACCUUCCAUUGAAACUCUUUCAACAGAUCUUCACACAAUCAAACAGGCCCAAGAUGAAGAAAGAAGGCAGUUGAUACAGCUUCGAGAUAUUUUGAAAUCAGCAUUGCAAGUUGAACAGAAAGAGGAUUCACAAAUUCGCCAGAGUACAGCCUAUAGCUUACAUCAACCUCAGGGAAACAAAGAACAUGGAACAGAACGGAAUGGCAACCUCUACAAGAAAAGUGAUGGGAUCCGAAAAGUGUGGCAGAAAAGGAAGUGUUCAGUUAAAAAUGGUUUUCUGACCAUAUCCCAUGGUACUGCUAAUCGCCCUCCUGCAAAGCUUAACCUAUUAACUUGUCAAGUGAAGACCAACCCUGAGGAGAAAAAGUGUUUUGACCUUAUUUCACAUGACAGAACAUACCAUUUUCAAGCAGAAGAUGAGCAGGAAUGUCAAAUUUGGAUGUCUGUGCUGCAAAACAGCAAAGAGGAAGCUUUAAACAAUGCAUUUAAAGGCGAUGACAACACUGGAGAAAAUAACAUCGUCCAGGAACUGACAAAAGAGAUCAUUUCUGAAGUCCAGAGGAUGACUGGCAACGAUGUGUGCUGCGACUGUGGAGCACCAGAUCCUACAUGGCUUUCCACAAAUCUGGGCAUUCUGACCUGCAUCGAAUGUUCUGGAAUCCACCGGGAGCUGGGGGUUCACUACUCCAGGAUGCAGUCCCUGAAGUUAGAUGUAUUAGGAACAUCUGAGUUGCUGCUUGCCAAGAAUAUUGGGAAUGCAGGCUUUAAUGAGAUUAUGGAGUGUUGCCUACCAGUUGAGGACUCGGUCAAACCCAAUCCAGGCAGUGACAUGAAUGCAAGAAAAGACUACAUUACUGCCAAGUACAUUGAGAGGAAAUAUGCAAGGAAAAAACACAUGGAUAAUGCAGCCAAACUUCACAGUCUUUGUGAGACCGUCAAAACAAGAGAUGUUUUCGGGUUACUCCAAGCUUAUGCUGAUGGUGUUGAUCUCACAGAAAAAAUCCCACUGGCCAAUGGACAUGAACCAGAUGAAACUGCUCUUCAUCUCGCAGUCAGAUCUGUGGAUCGGACUUCUCUCCACAUUGUAGACUUUUUAGUUCAGAACAGUGGGAACCUGGAUAAACAGACAGGUAAAGGUAGCACCGCCCUGCAUUACUGUUGCCUAACUGACAACGCUGAGUGCCUGAAACUCCUGCUCCGGGGGAAGGCUUCCAUUGAAAUAGCUAAUGAAUCAGGAGAGACACCACUGGACAUUGCCAAGCGCCUCAAACAUGAGCACUGUGAGGAGCUGCUCACUCAAGCCUUAUCCGGAAGGUUUAAUUCUCAUGUUCACGUGGAAUACGAAUGGCGAUUGCUCCAUGAAGAUCUGGAUGAGAGUGACGAUGAUGUGGAUGAGAAAUUGCAGCCUAGUCCCAAUCGGCGAGAAGAUCGGCCUGUCAGUUUCUAUCAGCUGGGAUCUAACCAGCUUCAGUCUAAUACUGCGUGUUUGGCCAGAGAUGCUGCAAACCUUGCCAAGGACAAGCAGAGGGGUUUUGUGCCUAGCAUCUUGCAGAAUGAGACGUAUGGAGCCAUCCUGAGCGGCAGCCCACCAUCCAGCCAGCCUGCACCCUCUAGCACCACCAGUGCCCCCCCACUCCCGCCACGGAAUGUUGGCAAAGUUCAGACAGCCUCCUCGGCUAGCACCCUGUGGAAGACAAACUCUGUAAGUGUGGACGGUGUAAGCAGGCAGCGAUCUUCGUCAGAUCCGCCAGCUGUCCAUCCACCGCUGCCCCCUCUUCGCGUGACAUCUACCAAUUCCCUGACUCCCACACCACCCCCUCCAGUAGCUAAGACACCCAGUGUGAUAGAAGCUUUGAACCAGCAGAUCAAGCCAGCCCAGCCUGGGAUCCCACAGUGCAAAUCCACACCCCCACCUCUGCCACCCCAGCCACCAAGCCGCCUCCCACAGAAGAAGCCAAUUCCUGGGACUGACAAGUCGACCCCACUGAUCAGCAAAGGUCAGCCGAGAGGACCUGCUAUGGAUCUCUGUGGAACAGAAUCUCUGGGCCCUCUGUCCAAUACUGUGGCCAUGCAACCACCAGCACCCAUGCCCCGGAAGUCGCAGAUAACAAAGUCAAAACCCAAACGGGUCAAAGCCCUUUAUAACUGUGUGGCUGACAACCCUGACGAGCUGACUUUCUCUGAGGGAGAUGUGAUCGUUGUGGACGGGGAAGAAGAUCAAGAGUGGUGGAUUGGCCACAUUGAUGGAGAUCCCAGUCGCAAAGGAGCAUUUCCUGUAUCAUUUGUGCACUUUAUUGCUGACUAA